AUGUCCACUAAGCAAGCGUUUCAUAUCCAUGAUUUAAUUGGAUCAAGCAUUGCAAAUGAGGAUGUUGCUCGGCUAUUUUCUUCACCUGGCAUUAAGCAGAAUCUCAAUGCAUUGGAGUGCGAUCCCGCUGCAAACUAUACUUCCACCAAACAACCUUGUCUGCCAGUAUCAGUUUUAGUUUCUCCAGCUCCAAUCCGACCUGCAACUGCAGCAUUUCCAAGCCCAAUUGGUCAAGCAAAGCAAAAUUUGGUGUCACUUAGUACUGCUACUGCUAUCUGUACUCCAAAAACUCCCAUUUCUCCUGAAAGGCCGCAUGCUCCACUUACUAUGGCCGUUUCCCCCAUCAUCAGUCAUGACAUUCGAAAAAUUCCCACUUCGGCUACUUGUAGAAAAAAGGAAGACGCACUGGUUCCUAGCUCUGCAAAAACUGUAUCUUCGCGAAACAGCAACCAGGUUCCGUCUGAUAACGGAAAGCGAAAAUGGAACCUGCUGCAAACUUUAGGAAAAGGAGGAUGCGGUGAUGUUUUUCUGGCUCAGGAAGUUGGAGUGGAAAGUCGCAAAGAAUUUGUUGCACUCAAGAUUGUCAAGGAUAAGAAACAAUUUUUGGCUGAAUUACAAACCAUGAAAAUAUUGAAUACUCACAAACUUGGACGAGGAAAUACCCCAAAGCUGAUUGCAGCCUGCAAAAGAAGGCGUGCAUUAGUCAUGGACUGCCAUUCUGAAAGCGUCGCAACCAAGUUUGAAAAAUGUGCUUACAAAUUUAGCCUAAAAACGAUUCUUAUGCUCACCUUGAAUAUUAUGAGUCUUUCUCGUGAUUUUUAUGAGCGUACUGGUCAAGCCCAUGUUGAUCUCAAACCCUCAAAUAUCUGCACAUCUCCAGAUGGUAAAAAACUGAUUUUGAUUGAUUUUGGGUACUCUACAUCACCUUCAGUAAAACUUCCUGGACAAACCGGCACUCCCUUGUUCAUGUCAUGGGCUAUUCAAACGUACGGUGCAACCUUUCCAACAUGGCAGGAUGAUCUCGAGUCAUUGGGCUAUGUCAUUAUGUUUUUUAUCGCAGGCGGUAAAAGCAAACUUCCAUGGGGAGCUCUUCGUACUCAUCGAGAUAUUGCUAAUUGCAAAAGCGAUGCGUCCAUUCACGCAUUUUGUACGGGACUUCUUGGAACAGAAUAUGAACCAUUGGCACAACCCCUUGCAACAUUCCUCCAUGUUACUCGCGAUCGCUUACGACCAUUCACCAUGCUCGAGUUUGAUAACCUUCAUUGUAUGUUUAAAAACAUGUUAGCGCACUAUGGGUUGAUUAAUGACGGAUGUUAUGAUUGGUGUGCUGCACCCUUAAAUGCAGAUGAGAUUUCUCGUAUGCAUGCACUUUCUAUUCCAAUGAGUAUGACGCCGUCUCCAAUUGCUCGACCCAUUUAUCAGUCUAGAAACAUUCCGCAAUCACAACACCAGGUGCGACUCCAUGAGCAGCAGCAUCAGCCCCAAUAUCACUUGCAUCCUACUCAACUUGCACUUCAUAUUUACCAUCCAUCACAGCAGCAAAAAUUUCAACUUCAGCAACCUAUAUUGCAACAGCGUCACGUUCAACAUCAACCGGAAAUAACGCAACAUGUAUUGGCAGAUUCGUACUGUUUUUACCAGUAUCCAGUAGUUCAGCAAAUUAUGCCAUCACAUCUGUGCCCAAUGGGCACGCCACGAUGCAUCCCAAUGCUGUUACAGAAUGCAUCAAAUGUGCAAGGGCAGUAUCGACAUGGUGCUCAUGAACGUUCCGAGUUUCAUACAUCAAUGUUUGCCAAUGUCAUGAAUCAGUCCGAAAUGCAACUUCAAAUGCAGAUGCAAGAACAAGAAUUGUUUGCAUUGCAAGGCGUGUUGAAAUCACAUACAAAUGAGACUACAUGGAGUAUGUGAUAAAUGCCAUUUGGAAUGCAUAGGUUGCUACCAAUGCCUAACCAGUUCCACACCGUUUACUUUGCAAACUUCAACUGUGAUCCAUCGAGUUCAUGCUGGCUUCAUGUCAUAUCUCGUGGUUUACGAUCAAUAUUCAACUUUUUUAAAUAGAAUAAUAAACAAGUGUAAUACGCC